AUGGGCCCUCCACCGAUUGUACUCGACGGCGGCACCGGCUUCCUCAAGGUCGGAUACGCGGCCCAAAACUUCCCCGAGCACCAGUUUCCCUCCAUCGUCGGCCGCCCCAUCCUGCGGUCCGAGGAGAAGACGGACCCGGCGAGCGACGUGGUCAUCAAGGACAUCAUGUGCGGCGACGAGGCGGCGGCGGCGCGCACCAUGCUCCAGAUCAGCUACCCGAUGGAGAACGGCAUCGUCAAGAAGUGGGACGACAUGCAGCACCUCUGGGACUACACCUUCCACGAGAAGCUCCAGGUCGACACGCGCGGCGGCAAGAUCCUGCUGACGGAGCCGCCCAUGAACCCGCUCCGGAACCGCGAGCAGAUGUGCGAGGUCAUGUUUGACCGCUACGGCUUCGGCGGCGUCUACGUCGCCAUCCAGGCCGUCCUGGCCCUCUACGCCCAAGGUGAGCGCGCCCCCCAUGGAUGGCGAGACCGAGACCGAGACCGAGACCGAGGUCUUGGUCGGGCACCCGGCCCCGGCCCCGGCCCCGGCCCCAGGCUGACGCGAGCAGGCCUCAGCUCGGGCGUCGUCGUCGACUCGGGCGACGGCGUGACGCACAUCGUGCCCGUCUACGAGUCCGUCGUCCUCAACCACCUCACGAAGCGCCUCGACGUGGCCGGCCGCGACGUGACGCGCAACCUCAUCAAGCUGCUGCUCCGACGCGGCUACGCCCUCAACCGCACCGCCGACUUCGAGACGGUCCGCCAGAUGAAGGAGAAGCUCUGCUACGUCUCGUACGACCUCGAGCUCGACAAGCGCCUCAGCGAGGACACGACGGUGCUCGUCGAGGACUACACCCUGCCCGACGGCCGCGUCAUCCGCGUCGGCAGCGAGCGCUUCGAGGCGCCCGAGUGCCUCUUCCAGCCGCACCUCGUCGACGGCGAGUCGCCCGGCCUCGGCGAGUUCCUCUUCAACACCAUCCAGGCCGCCGACGUCGACAUCCGCGCCUCGCUCUUCAAGGCCAUCGUCCUCUCCGGCGGCAGCAGCAUGUACCCGGGCCUGCCGUCGCGGCUCGAGAAGGAGCUCAAGCAGCUGUGGCUGACGCGCGCGCUGCAGGGCAACCCCGAGCGGCUGGCCAAGUUCAAGGUGCGGAUAGAGGAUCCGCCGCGACGGAGGCACAUGGUCUUCCUCGGCGGCGCCGUCCUCGCCAACAUCAUGGCCGACAACGAGAGCAUGUGGGUGACCAAGGCCGAGUGGGACGAGCAGGGCCCGCGCGUGCUCGAGAAGCUGGGGCCGCGAUGA